AUGAAAGUUUCAGCGGCAGUAGUGUGCGUGACACUGUUGGAUAGACUGAAGAGAGAUCAGAUAGAGCUCCUUGAGGACACUCUCAAGCAGUUUGAAAUGCGCGUCUACAAACUGGUCAACACAUUCAUCAAAAUGCAGCUGAAACUGCAGUAA